AUGCCCGAACCUAUCAAUGUGAACGGAGAAAACUGGCAAAGCAACGUGAUGGACUCGGAACUGCCGGUGAUGGUGGACUUCUGGGCAGAAUGGUGCGGGCCCUGCAAAAUGAUCGCUCCCACGGUCCACGACCUGGCCCUGGAGUACGAAGGCAAGUUGAACGUGGCCAAGCUGGACGUGGACAGCGACCCGGAUAUCGCGGCGCGCUACGGCAUCCGCAGCAUCCCCGCGUUGAUUUUCUUCAAGGACGGCCAGCCGAUAGAUCAGGUGGUCGGCGCCCAGCCGAAACCCGCCCUGAAGCGGAAGAUCGACGCCGUGCUCGAGAGCUAG